GCCUCCGUCGCUCCCGACUUCCGGGUCGAAAUCGUCAUUUCCGGUGAGACGCGGCGCCCUCUUCUGACGUCACGCGCCAACUUCCGGCGGCUCCACCGGCUCCCGAACGGAGGUCUCGGCUACCCUCCUCGCCUACCACUGGUCCGGGCGGUAAGAGGAGCUCCCACACACACAGAACAGAGACUCCAUUACUACCUAGGAGUCUCUGUUUUUUCGGCCACCAGGGAGGAAUCUCUUUCGAAGGGGAGGGGAGGGGGGGAGGGGGACGGGUUGGGGUGGUAGGGGGAAGUGGUAUGGCUCUCACAGGCCACAACCAGACCCCUAUAACGUUAGGGGACCCUGUUUCCCACCGACUACACACUUGGGAAGGAGGGGGGGGGAUGCACCUGGCUUAAAGGGGGUCAUUCUUUGCUGCUGGUUGACCCUUAGUUCAGCCAGCCUCCACCAUUCAUUAUGCAUAUACCCUUUGGUCAUUAUGUUUACAAUGGUUAUUUAUAUGUCUAAUUAAUAGCAAUUAUUUUUAAGUACUGUUAUACAUAACAUCUGUGUUUUACACUUAUACUGCUAAAUAAGAUGCUGGUUGAAUUAACCUCACACAAUUUUUUUUUUUAUAUAUAUAUAAUGUAUGACUUGCUUGUUAAAAUGUGAUACAUGCAUAUAUGUUUACUUAUUGCUGGUUAACAUAUGUUAAGAAUGUUCUGCAAGUAUUGGUAACGUUAAAUCUUAACUAACAUCAUAUACAUUGGGGGGGGGGGGAUGGUAAUGCGCGGCAACCCCCCCCCAGAACUCUUACUAUGCCAAUUAUAUAUGUUCCACAUAAGGGUUCAUUAUCUUAAAUUCUCAUACCCCCAGGAAUCCGCAUACCUCGGACGGUUUCACCUAAGCUAACCCCCCCCUACUCAAGAGACACCUGAAUUCUCUUAUAGAACCAGUGCUCAAUUUUCUGCAGGUAUGUUGGUUACACGCUUCUUUUUCUACAACGCCACGUUAGUUAAUUCCCUGCCCCUUAAUCAUAGAGGUCCGCGAGGCCAACUCCCAUCCUCCACUUCGAGGUACUUUACGCCCCUCGGGCCAAAUCAUAGUUAGCCGCCUCGCAAUUAUACAGAGAGGGCGACACCUGUCACUACCAAAACCCCCCCCCCUUUUCUUCCUCCGUACUUACCCUUGGAGAGGCAAACAUCCCGUUUCACUGGGCAGGCUACCAUACCCCUCGCGCCAACUCAUAGAUAGAGCCUCUCUAGCCACUUGGCACUAGUAGGGCCUCACCUGCCACAAAACCUAGAGUUAAGUUUUUCGCCAUCUGGCCUAACUAGCUACCGGCUAUUCCAACGAGCCUCCAACUAUGCCUGUUAUUACUUUCAGUAUGUCCCUGCUCCCAGACGAUGGCAACGACAUGUCAGUCCCUAGCACCCCGGCUAGGUCACUUACCCCGACACGUAAGGACGACAUAGGAAGUCCCUCGUCCAUCAGAUCGUGGACUAUCCCUCGCAUCACGGCGGAAUUACGCAAACGCAGUAUCCCUUUCCCGGCCACGGCCAGGAAAGCAGAACUGUUUAAACUGCUUAAAACAAACACCCUUAUGACAGACGCAGGGGAAGGCACUAGUAACUCCCAAGACCCGACUCUCCAUGCUAUGGUUGCCUCCCUAAUCUCUUCUAUGGGGAAGGUCAACGACAGACUGGAAAGGCUGGAGGCACGCAGCUCCGCCAUAGAGCCACCUGUACCUCUCGCUGGAACAGCCCCGGUCAUAUCCACAGCAACAGCGGGUAAUCCUAUACCUAACAAGACAGCGGCACAUGUUAUUAACCCUGCCCACAUGGUUCCGGCCAAUCUUAAAAAAGACAUCCUGGAGGGCAAGGACGUAAACUUGGUCUCUUUGCUCAUUGCCUCCCAGGAUGUAGUGGAAAACCGCUCUUACGACUACGGGGACAUCUCUGUUGUUUUAAAAACCAGAGACCCCAGACUCAGUAAGAAAUUGACCAUUCCCGAUUUUGUCCUGUCUUUUGGUAUCUAUAGGGACAUCCUGUGCUCAGUUCAUCCACACAGGAGAGAGGAACUGGACUUAUAUAUGCAUAAACUGGUGGACCUGGGUAACAAAUAUGGUGGUUACACUUUUAUGACUAUCACAAGUCUUUUUCAUCUAAAGUGUCAGCCACAUUGUCCCAGUAUGGCAUCCAGAUGGAUUGGAGCCAACUGGACAAUGAAUUGUUCCUCAGACACUUUGCGGGGCUCAGGACACCAGCUUGUGCCAUAUGUACGUCACCUGCUCACACAGCUUAUUUGUGCCCCCUCUGCCCGGACAACGCUCCCAGCACGUCCCUAUCGCACCCCCUUAAAACUGAGAAACAGACCAGAGACAAAUUGGGUCGUCCGGUUGUGUACCUAGGCAAGUCACAAAUUUGCAAUAACUUCAAUGAAGGCUCCUGUGGUUACAGCGCUUUCCGCUUAUUACAUGUAUGCUCACACUGUUUUCGGGCACAUGCGAGAUCCAUGUGCACAAAUAAAAUGUUCCAGAAACCUUAUUUGUCUCCAGUGAACGUUCCUGUACUUGAACACAUGCUGUCCACUCACCCCUCUAAACACCUGGUGGAAUUUUUAUGCACAGGUCUCACCCACGGGUUUCACACGGGGCUCAUUUACAUGCCAACAGGAGUGUUAGAAUGUCACAAUUUGCAGUCAGCCUCUAAUAACCCUACCGCAGUCACUAACUUGCUACAACUGGAAGUGGACCAGGGAUUUGUCAUCGGUCCUUUUGGUAAUCCCCCCUUUUUCAGCUGGAGAACUAACCCUAUCGGGCUUGUCACAAGUAAAAAUUCAGACAAGCAAAGGCUCAUCAUUGACCUAUCCGCUCCCCACUCUUCAGCCAUCCCCAGCCUAAACUCAUUGAUUCCUUCGGAAGAAUUUUCCUUACAGUACUCCACUAUUGACCACGCUAUUGCAGCUAUCAGGUCAGCGGGGGUGGGGGCCUGGCUCAGCAAGACGGAUAUAGUCAACGCUUUUAAACUGUUACCUAUACACCCCUCGUUAUGGCACCUACACGUAGUUAAGUGGCAAGAAGCCUACUACUUUUUUACAAAACUCACUUUUGGAGCCAAGAGUAGUCCAAGGAUCUUUGACACGUUCGCUGAGGCUUUGUGUUGGCUCCUCCUUAAUACCAGUAGGUGCCAAAAUGUGAUACACUAUCUGGAUGAUUUUCUGUUCAUCGAAGCCAACACCAACCCCCCGUGUAGCCUACACAAAGCUGUCAAACUAUUCACCGCACUCGGCGUCCCCGUAUCACCCACCAAGACAGAAGGUCCAGACACAGUCAUCAACUUCCGAGGUAUUCUGCUCGAUUCAGCAACUAUGAUGGCCAGCCUCCCUAGAACUAAGAUUGAUAACAUUCUACACGACAUUAACCACUACAUGCACAGGGGCUCAUGCAACCGUAAAGAACUACAAUCUCUGUUGGGUUCACUAAAUUUCGCCAUGCGCAUAAUCCCCCAGGUUUUCAUUUCCAGGCUCCUCGCCCUGUUCCCCACCUUCACCAACGACUAUGCCCGCAUAUCUUUGAACGGCCCUGCGACUGCCGACCUUCAGAUGUGGUACAGAUUCCUCUCUGACUGGAAUGGUAGGAGCAUGUUCCUUCCACAGCUGGAUUCUCAGUCACCUGUCAUUUGGACAGAUGCAGCAUCAUCCGCGGGAUAUGCGCCCAUUUUUGGCACAAAUUGGCUCUGGGGGACGUGGCCAACAGAAACACAGGGCAUCGAGGGGUUUCACACUAACUCUGCCCUUUUUGAGGUAUACCCAAUAGUUGCCGCAGCUGUCACUUGGUGUAGGUUGUGGGAAGGUCAGUCAGUACGCUGUUUCUCUGAUAACAUGGCAAUAUGCCACAUUAUCAACAAAGGCCGCUCUUCCUCCUUGAUAAUUAUGAAUUUCAUUAGGAAACUGACUUGGCUGGCAGCCACCCAUCACUUCCACAUUGUAUGCUCCCAUGUUCCCGGCAUAUACAAUAGCAGCUGACCAGCUAUCUCGCUUUCAAUUUCAGGCUUUCAGACGGUCCCUACCCUCAGCAGCUCGUAUGGCAACCCCAGCACCAACCUUCCAAGACCUUGUCAUGGAAUAGAUGAACUACUUCAUCACAGCCUCACUCUCACAAAAUUAGCUUUGUCCACUAGCACUCAACACUCAUAUAACAGAGCUUUUCACCUAUAUAAACGAUUCAUGACUGACCAUCACCUAACCAACUGGUUCGAGGUAUCGUCACUAAUGGCUUUUGCAUCCUUUUGCCACCUUAAGUUAAAAUUCACACAUAACACCAUUAAGCUUUAUCUCACGGGGAUACAACACCACAUGUACUACUCAUUCCCUAACCACAAAGGGUUCUUAACCUCAUACCCCAUCCACACGCUACUGAAGGGUAUAGCAAAGGCAGACGGUCCAGCUACGCCCAAAAGAUUGGCUAUUGACAUAGGAAUGUUCAAAUCCCUGUCCAAUCUACUCGACCAAGCACCUUUUGAACCCAAUACAAACGCGGUUAUUAAAGCCGCCAUGUAUCUGGCCUUUUACUGGUUUCUUAGACCACGAGAAUUCACCGUUAGUGGCAAAUUGCAUAACCAAGGGUGCCUCCUCACGUCACAUCUCACGAAACACACAGACUACUAUGUCCUGUCUCUACCUAAGACUAAGACAAGUCAGAUGGGGGAACCAGUUCACAUUAACUACUACCCCACGGGUAACAAUUGGUGCCCAGUAAAAGCACUAGACGUUUUUUUAACCACGAAACAAACACAGCCCACAAGGCCUCUACUACUGCUGCACGAUACCAUUCUCACCACGUCGAAAUUCAUGCUUUACGUUUGAAUGCUUAUCACCAGGCUUGGUCUGAACCCUAGUAGCUACUCGGGGCACUCCUUCAGAAUUGGAGCGGCCUCCACAGCCUCUAGCCAAAAUGUUCCCGUGCAUGUCAUUAAAACACUGGGUCGAUGGAAGUCCUCAGCUUACGCUACCUACAUUCCGCACCCAGUCCAAGAGCUUAGGAGGGCUUUCAUUAAUAUGUCUACUUAAUAAUGUAUUUGUAUUUUUCUUUGUAUUUAUGUUUACUGAAUAAAUGUUUAUCUUGCUUUCUCUUUUUGCCCACUUUAUUUACCGGCCUACAGCAUACGUCGGUUUUCGGCACACCUCAACCGACUUUUUCCUUUUAUUGUAUUACUCUCCGCCAGAGUAUUCCAUAUCAUAUGAGAAUGCCCCGAACACAAAUAUAUAUAUAUAUACUAAGGCUAUCAGAAACCUUAUAUAAGCGUACUUUAGUUAAACUGAUGGUUUAUACUUGGCAGGGUUGGUUGAUAUUUAACUAAUUAAUAUAAUGACAAUUGUAUCAUUAAUGCAAGGGCUGUCAUAUGAUUAAUUCUGUAUACUGGUAUUGCUGUGAAGUUUGUAAUAGCUUUUAAUGUCCUUUGCUGAUAAGAUUAUAGAUGAGACAAAGUGUAAUGUUGACUCUUAGGCUUGUCAAGUAAAUUCAUUGACUUGUUGAUAGAAACUCAUAUAUAAUAUAGCAAAUUGCUUAUAGUUGUAUUGUUUUGUUGCUUUGCAUUUUAUAGUGUGUAUUAUUAAAUUUAUAUAUAUUUUAAGCAAAGUCUGUUUAUUGGCCAUCUGCCGUUCAUAGGUGUUUAUAUCACCGCUUAAAACAAAGAACUACAGGGCCCAUGAAGGCUCUAUGUGUGUGUGAAUAUCAUCAGAUAUUAUUCAAUCAAUAUUCCAUACAUAUAAAACCUUAAAUUACCCAACAGUAUGCGGGUGUCAAGGAGCCGCAUUAUACAUGCGGGAGUCUCCCGUUGUUACAUUGUUAUUCUUUUGAAGUUGUUAUAUUAAAGAUAGAGUAACAGAUAAUGUUACAAGAUACCCCUUCUGCCUGUACACAUUCAAGGAAUGGUACCUUCUCUCAGUAAUUGAUGUAUUGGGCUUCCAUAUGCACAAGAAACUAAUUUUCUUAUAAAUAAACCAAUUAAUUUCUCUUUCAAGACUUUAGAAAAUCCUCUUUUUUAUUAUAUGUUUCACCCUCUCUAGGAGAUCAUGACGGAUUGCCGUAUUCGAUUGUACCAGGAGUCAGACUAUGGGAUGGUCAGAGAGGUGUAUGCUCAGUGCGUGAAGGAUCUAACCCCAGACGGAUUCUAUCAAGCCUUGCGAUUCUCCCAUAUCAGACUGUUCAUGCUGGCCAUUUUCCUGCUGUCGUUGUUAACCACUGGAUCAUUCCUUGUGUCUGUCUUGGGUAUUAUCUUGGUGAUGGUUGUACUCUGGAUGUGCAGUAGAGAGUUUUUCCAUUCCUACGUCCAUGUUACAUUCUCAAAUGACAUGUUGGAUAUUGGGAAAUAUUAUUUGCAGAGGGAAGGUUAUGGGUUUUGGGUGGCUGAGUGUGGGGGGAAAGUUGUGGGCACUGUGGCCGCUGCUCCAUUAACACAUGUUGGCGGGAAGAAGCAUGUGGAGCUCAGAAGAAUGGCGGUGAUUAAGAGUCACCGGGGUAGAGGGAUUGCCAAAGCCUUAUGCAAGACAAUUAUUGACUUUGCUCGGAAGAAAGGUUUCCAAGCUGUUAUCUUGGAGACCUCAAUAGCUCAAGUUGGUGGCCAGUGAGUGUAUGAAAGCAUGGGUUUCCGGAUAACACACAUUUUCGAUUACCCAAAAAUGACAGCAAAAGUGAUGGGCAAUAAGUUCUUAGGUUACCAGUAUGAUAUCCUGGAAGCUGAAUGAAUACACCAAGGAUGUAGCAUGUCCAUUAUUGUUUUCCGAUAGACCUAUCUAAUGAA